GAAAGUUUUGGGGCAGGGAGGAAGUAGAGGUCCGGCUGGCUCGGGGUGCGGGGGUCAUGGAGGACCCGCUGGUGCGCGAGGACGGCGACCAAGAGGAGGAAGAGGAGGAGGAGGAGGAGGAGGAGGAGGAGGAGGGAGAGGAUGGCGAGGAGGAGGCCGGGCCCGAGCGCGCCCUGGGCAAGAGCGCCCUGCAGCUGACCGCCGAGGACGUGUACGACAUUUCCUACGUGGUGGGCCGCGAGCUGAUGGCGCUGGGCAGCGACCCCCGCGUGACCCAGCUGCAGUUCACGAUCGUGCGCGUCCUGGAGCUGCUCGAGGCGCUGGUGAGCGAGGGCGGCCUAGCGGCCGAGGCGCUGCGCCUGGAGCGCGACAGCUUGCGGCAGGAGGUGCGGGCCCUGCGCGGCGGGCCGUGCCCGGCCGGCGGCCAGCUGGACCUGGGACCGGACAAGUUGGUGGUGGACCUCACAGACCCAGACCGGCCUCGCUUCACGCUGCAGGAGCUAAAGGAGGUGCUGCAGGAGCGCAACACGCUGAAGGCACAGCUGCUGCUGGCGCAGGAGGAGCUGCUCAGCUACAGGAGUGGACUGAUUCCCCCAAGAGAAAGCACGGGAGGAAGACUAGCCAAAGAGGCUGCGGUUACCAGGGCCAGAGGUUCCAACAAGGGGGAGAAGACAAUCAUGAAGAAGCUGUUCGCUUUCCGGUCCGGGAAGCAGACCUAGAUGGACAGCGAAGCCUCACAGCAGCGCUGACUGGAGGCUGCCCCGAGCCAGCUCUGCCAGCCCCGCUGCACACGUUGCUUCCCGCCCCAGGGCGGGUCCUCGAGUGCCCCUCGUCCUUGUCGUGGGCCUGGAUGUCCUGGGAGGUCUGGCCAGGGAUGCGAAGUGUCCUCAAGGAGGCCAGAAAGCAGAGACGACGUGCCACAGGGCACCUCCCACCCAGCCACUUGCCCUAGAGUCUGCAGCGUGUAAGCUGCGCUCUUUGGUGUGGGGCAGAGAAAGGAAAAACAAAAGAGCCAGGAAAUACGGUACUGCCCUUGCAGUAGUGAUUGUGACUGCACUGAUAUUUGGUGCAUAUUGGAUUCAGCUCUCCCCACUUGCUUUGUAUGGUCUUGUAUUAAAGUAGAAUGAUUUUUA